CUUCAGAAUCCUAGACUGGAUCAUCUAAAGCGGCCAGUAGCUGACAGUAGCACACCAGGUCACCAGCGCCUAAAAUGUGAGGAAGAACACGGUUAGUAUAUAAGUAUAAUAACAGCACGUCCACUAUCCGGCCACAACACUGUCACUGAUCAGACAUUAUCAGAGAGGGGCCAAUUAUUGGAGCGACCGACGAAUUGGAGAAUAAUGGCCGUAGCAAGGCUGCUCACCAAGCCGCCCAAGGCGAGGAGCUUGUGGAUCCUCGUGCGCCGCCUCCUUCUCCGCAGGAGCCGCAAGCCGCCGCCGGCCGCGGCAGAGGAGGACGGCGAGGGGGAGAAGAGCGGCCUCCUCAGCCGAAGCUCCUUGGAGCAGCUCCUCGUGAUGACGGAUCACGACUGCGGCUCGCCUGGCGGCGACGAUGGCGGGGCGGCCAAGAAGCACGGCCAGCCUGUGGCGAUGCUGCUGCCGGCUCGGCCAGACGCGGCGGCGGCGUCGCCGGCGGCGGGUGACGCGCACCACCGUGGCGCCGCGGCCGUGCACCACCGGAGGUUCAUGUUCGGCGGGUUCCGCCGCCGGCUGCUCAUGCGGCGGCCGUGGCGGCCGAUGCUCGUCGCCAUCCCGGAGUGAUCGAUCCAUUGAUCGCAAGUCUGAUUAUGUGAAUUGCAAGCGCUGGGAUAUGAUUCAGCUUCAGCAUUCAAGUGCGUCAGUCAGUCCGAUCAACUUCGUACGGCGGUAUCCCAGUGUUUCAAUUUUUUUUUUUCUGAGAUGCACUUGUGCCCUGUAACUUUGCGUGCUCGCCGGGUCGUCUCUGUUCUUUCCUACCAGCGGACGAUCUGCUUUUUCUCGCUUUUGAAUAGAAUGUAACCUGUUAGAAACGUCUGUGGAGUGAAAUCGCCGUUUGGACAGCAAACCAUGAAUUACAGCCAAAUGUCUGGCCUCAUAGCGACACCCUAGAGAGGUGGUGGACAGCCACAUCAGACGUGCCUAGUGUAAACAAGAGAGGCCUCCGGUCGAUUAUCAUCCUAAUUUGUUGGGAAAUUUGGAAGGAAAGAAAUGCUAGAAUUUUCCAACGAGCGGAGUCCACAAACUUUGGGGUUCUCCAAAAGAUUAAGGAGGAGGUGAGAGUGUGGAUCAUGGCAGGAGCAAAGCACCUGGACGAUUUCGUGAAUCACCACCGUCUACGGUUUUGAUUGGCACUCCUGUGUAUAUUUUUCUCCUUUCACCCUCUGCGGGUUCUGUUUUUUUUUCGUGUUUGUAUUUUGCCUGUCU